AUGAAAUUUUCUACUUCUAUUCUUGUCAUUUCUCUUGGAUUGCUUGCCCUAUCAAACGUGGCCAGAGCUGAAAGUAAAGUCAUCGAACGUGGUGCAUGUACAACGGCAGAUGAGAAAGCCGAGUGCUCUCAACAGUGUACCGAAGGUGCCCUUCAACCAAUGUGUGUGUCCGACACUUGCUUCUGUACCAAUGUCGGUGUUGGCGACUGCUCGGAAAAUAAUAACAAGGGGUGCAAAGCUAUCUGUCGAACUCUAGGUCUCGAAACGACAGGCUGUUCUGACGACGAGUGUGUUUGUGACUAA